AAAAGGGAAGUCAAUUAUGAAGAUACAAGAAGUGCAGCUGAGCAGUGCAAAGGACUGGAGUAACACACGCUCAUCAAAAAUUGGGGAGUUCACGCCUCGCCGCUCUUCGCUCGCAGCCCCGUGCUUCGCUCCUCUCCAAACAUGGCAAAAAUAUCCAGCCCUACAGAGACUGAACGGUGCAUCGAGCCUCUGAUUGCUGUUUUCCAAAGGCAUGCUGGAAGGGACGGUAACAACAGCAAACUCUCCAAGGCCGAGUUCCUUAUCUUCAUGAAUACAGAGCUGGGUGCCUUCACAAAGAACCAGAAGGACCCUGGUGACCUUGACCGCAUGAUGAAGAAGCUGGACCUCAACUCUGAUGGACAGCUAGAUUUCCAAGAAUUUCUUAAUCUUAUUGGCGGCCUGGCCCUAGCUUGCCAUGACUCCUUUAUUAAGUCUACCUCUUCCCAGAAGUAAAUCGGAGGAGCCUUUGGGCCUGGCCUCCAGCCUCACUCCCUUUCCUUCAGCCUCCCAAUUAUCAUCUGCCCCUCACAGCAAACACAUACCCUGAGCCCAGUGCACCCACCACCCCAUGCAGGCCACUCCUGGUAGUAAUAAAACAUAUUGUUUUUUAAAGCAAAAAAAAAAAAAAAAAAAUUGGGAAAACAGGGACAAAUGGAGGGAAAAAUAAUCUCUGGUCUCAUUAACCAAAACCAAUUAUUCUUAGCAUUAGAGUGUUUUUGUUUUUUUCCUCUGUGCAUGGAUGCUUUGGAGACUAUAUAGUUAAAAUCAUAUCACACGUAGGAUUUUGUAACUGCCUUUUUUUA